AUGGAGGCUCUUCCAGUAAUUGCCUUCUCACUAGGAUGCAACACAUUCGAUGCAAGCUUCUGCUACGGCUAUGUAUUUGUGCAUCGACUUUCCUCUACUUCCGCAAAUAUUGCAGAUCAGACUCAAUCAGUGAAGAAAACUCUUACGUGUGCGGCUCUCAUUUUGGUUCGAUCAUGUCUUAUGCCUAUCCUAAUUUUUACUAUUACGUAUGGCGCCGUGUUCCCAGCGUCGGAUAUGGCAGCAGGCGGGAACUAUAACCUACAUUUUCUGUCAGCGCACUUUCGUCGGGAUCUGAUCCCGGAUAGUCGCUUAAUUAACUCAUCGUUCUUUGACCACCCCGUGCCGUUAUACUCCUUAAGGCCCUCGACCCCUAUGAGUCUCUACCUACCGCAAGCAGGCUUCCUCUGGAGCGACCACCUUGUCUGGAAUCAGGAUUACGGAGUUUUCGAUACCUUACCUGCCUACGAAAAAGAUAUUAAAAGGGCUCGACCUGAUAUUGGAACAGAGCCUCAACCCGCCUCCUGA